AUGGAGGACGAGCUCGCCCUCGUCUCUUCCUGUCAGUCCCUGCGCCGCGGGCAGGUCUGGGUGCACUGGCUCGGCUACGGCGCCGAGCGCAGUUGCUGGGUGGACGCGACCUCUGAGGUCGAAGCCACCGGGUGCCCAGACAGCGCCGAUGUGCUGCUGCCGGGGAUCGACGCGCCAAAGGUGUACGCGGCGAUGUCGCUGAUCGAGUCUCCCGACGCGGAGGCGGAGGCCGCCGCCAUCCUCGGCCGCCCGGUCAGUGGCGGCCGCAGCGGCGGCGGCGGCGAUGUCUCACCUGUGAAGAAGCGGAGGCGGACGGGUUGGGCGGGAGGCGGUCGGCGAAGCAGGAAGCCCAAGGCGCCGCGCAAGGCGUACGAGAAGCGCGUGCACAUCAUCACCGUCAGCCGCGACGGCGUCCGCGAGCUGCGCGAAAUUCGGCGAACCAUCGGCGGCGGCAGAGGCGCCAAAGCGUUUUCCUCCAACGGCGAACCAUCGGCGGCGGCCUCAGAGGAGGAGGAGGUGGGUGCGGCUGGGGACCGGAUGACGUCGCCAGAGGCGCUCUCCUCCUCCCCAUCCACGUCCACCUCCGCCGAACCGCCGGCCGAGGUGGACGCAGCAGGCGGCGCGGCUGCGCGCGAGGUGUCUGGCGGCAGCGGCAGCAACGAGGGCGGCAGCGGCAGCAGUGGCGGCAGUGAGGGCGGCGGCGGCGGCGGCGGCGGCGGCGGCGGCGGCGGCGGCGGCGGCGGCGGCGGCGGCGGUAGCGGCAGCCCGAGAGACUGCAGCGCGUGGAUCGGCCUCUUCGACGCCGAGGAGUUUGACUGGUCAAAGGGCGCGCCGCGGCCGCGCUACUUGCGCUACAAGCCGCUCACGUCCGCCAAGGGCGAGGGGACCGUGCGGUGGCCGCUCAAGGCGCUGCGCGGGAUCGGCGACUCGGACUUCCUCUUCUCGAUCGACUCGGGCACCUUCGAGCUGUGCGCCGGCCCCUCGCACACGUUUCCUGUCUCGCAGCGGCUGCGCGUCCGCGACGACACGCUCGUGGCGCUCGUCGGCGCUGCCCACGGGUGUGUGCUGCCGCCUCGUGCCGCCGCGGCUCCCUCGCGGGCGGCGCCAGAGCCGCCCCGGGCGGGCGACGCGCUCAGCGAGUCCGAGGAGGAGGAGAGCUCGGACGAGGAGGAGGCGGGCGCGUGUCCGCUGCAGCCGCUCAUGUUUGCGGUCCCGCAGGUAGAGAUCGAGGUGGAGGAGCGCAAAGACGUCAAGCAGGUCUACGCGCUCGCCGACCGCCUCUCAUACCACGACUGGGGGCUAUGCUCCAAGGACGCCACCCUUCACGCCUCGCGCCGCAACUCCUUCGCCUCGGCGGCGCACGGUGCUGGCUCGCCCCGGCCCACCGACACGCCCACCGGCGCCGCCGCCGCCGCGCCGCCGCCGGGAGAGGGCGCGGGCUCUGUGGGCGACGACGCGCUCGGCCGGCGCGAGUCGGUGGAGAGCCUCGAGGAGCCUUCUAGGAGCCUUCUAGGAAGCUUCUGGGAGCCUUCUAGGCGCGAGUCGGUGGACAGCCUGUGUGGCGAGGGCGCGGUGCUGCCGGGCAGAGGCGACCUGACCACCGUCACUUCGGAGGGGUACGGCGAGGCGACGCUCGGCACGUGCGAACGGCUGGUCCGGCUGCUGAUGCGGCUGACAGAGUGCGUGCCCGCGAUGGAGGGGUGGGGGGGCGGCUGGAACCUCGACGCCGACGCGACGCUGCUCGACAUUGGCUCCGGCUACGGCAAGGUCGUCGUGCACGCCAAGCUCCUCUCGCGCUGCCGCGCGGCGCACGGGCUCGAGUGCGCACUCGACGAUGACUUGCUGCGCGGCGUCUCCUUCUGCUGCGCGGACGCGACGCGCGAGGCCGUGCAGCCGGUCGCCAAGAUGCGCUUCGUCACGACGGGCCGCGAGCGGUGCACAGUCUUCAUCUACGUGAACGCGCAGUUCGUCCCGGGCGUGUGA